UUUUUUACAUUGUACUUAUAAUAAGGAAAAAACUAUAUAAUAAAUUAAUUUAGUUUUUUUUUUAAAAAACAAUAAUUUAAUUAAAAAUAAUGAGUGGAUGCGCACGUGUGGGACAGUUGUCGGCCAAAAAAUCGGCCCUAUUUUUGUGUGACCUCCAGGAAAAGUUUCGGCCAAUGAUCCAAUACUUUCCGGCCAUUGUCGAAGUUUCCCGACGGUUGCUAUGCGCGGCCAAACUGUUGGACAUGCCUGUAAUAGUUACCGAACAAUACCCGAAAGGUUUGGGUCCGACUGUCCCAGAGCUGGGACUACAGGACUAUCCGGACAUCAAACCGGUGGCCAAAACCCAGUUUUCGAUGUUUACGGCCGAUGUCCUGAAGACACUGAAAUCGGAUUAUCCGGACAUCAAUAGUAUCAUAUUGUGCGGCAUUGAAACGCAUGUCUGUGUUCAGGGGACAGCCCUACAGGCCCUGAGCGACGGCUACGACGUUCACAUAGUAGUGGACGGCUGUAGUUCACGAUCUCUGGUCGACCGUAUGUUUGGUUUUGAUCGCGUGAAAGCCGCCGGCGCUUGGCUUACAACCAGUGAAUCGGUUAUAUUAGGUUUGGUGGGCGACUCAUCCCAUCCCAAGUUCAGGGAUUGCCAGAAACUGAUUAUGCAAUCGGCACCCGAUUCCGGACUAUUGUCACUAUUGGCGCAAAAAAUUUAA